AUGGCGUUGCUGUGGCAACGAGCCAAAAGCGUGAAACAUUCACUGACGUCGAAAAAGAUCGCAGAGCUCCUUGCAGAGUACAAGAUCGCAACAGGAACAGGCCCAAUCUCGACAAGGACCAGAAACAGAUUGGAGGAACUGCCUGUCAACGUCCCUUAUGCCCAGCAAGAAGUCCGUCACUUUGAUGUUCUCGAUGGCGAGUUCGAAGAUGAAGAAAAUGAUGAUGCGCAAACUGUCACCGACACCACAGCAAGCACAGCCGAAGAUAGCGAACGUGCCCUUACUGCUUCUGCCAAGCUGACCAAAGCCGAAAUCCGCGCCAUGAAGAAAGCUUCCAAGGCCGCAAAGUCACAGUCCAAAGCUGCUAAGAACCAGCAGAGGCAUGUCAUCAAUGUCCGCACUGAAGAUGUCUCCUUCGUGGCAAAGGUCUUGCACGGAGAUGCUGCGGAUGCAGAAGGCCCAGCGAGUGCCACACAUCCACUGGCCACCGACAGGACCAUCGAGGAGGUCAUUGCCCGCAACAUGGGCUUCUUGUCGAGCAUUGACGACCACAAGAAGGCGUUGCUGUCAAGCAUUGCACAGAGGAGGAGGAGUGACCGAGACAGGCGUAAGAGCGCUUCUACUGCGAGCAGUGGUGGUCCCAAAAAGCGAAGGUUCAGCGAACGUGUGAAUGACGAUGACCCAGCUGAGGAUGAGAUGGAGGAUCUGCUUGUGGCUGUGCUGGGCAAGCUGGGAGUAGAUGUCGAACAUGCCCGGUCCUGUGGCACUCCCCUUGCGGUCCCGAUCGUCAACGGUGGUAGUGCCAAAAAGAACAGAGCUGGAGUCGACAAGGGCGUUGUCUGCAGGCCACAUCAAAUCACUUCCAUUAUUGCUAGUCUCAAAGGCUUAGUGCGAGAUGACUUGGAACGGUUCGAGAACGAGCAGCGCGAGACAUGUGUCCGAGCAGGUGGUUUUUGGAGAUAUGUUGGCAGGCCGGUCUUUGAACGCAUGACCCAGAUCGCAAAGGAGCUGGACUGGAAGACGGGGAUGAAGUUGAAGGAAAUCAACGGCAAUAGGGAACGGGAGGAGUAA